UAACUUUCCAAAACGAAAAGGAAAGCGACGUUCAGUCGUCGGCUGGUCAACACUCAGCAACAAGCUCAGCUGCUGCUGCGUUGCAUUCGAAAGAAGAAAAGCAUGUCGUUUUUUCGUAAACUCUUGAAAUGGCUUCUUGGUGGUGAAGAUGAGCAUGAAUGUUAUUAUGGUGAAUAUGUGCCUGAAUUUUGUUAUGAUUGUUACAAUCAGCUUCCCGAAUUACACGAUCGUGAUUAUCGUUACGAUACUUCCCACAGAUACCUCUUGCCACCCCCUAAACCCCCAUCAAUUCCAUCUAAACCAGUCCUGUCUCCCUUUAAUCCACCAUCAUCUUCCCCUAAACCUCCUACAUUGUGUAGAAAACCGCAAUCUUCUUCACUCAGAUACAUCUUCGUUGUCUCCUAAAUUCGUAAAAGUACAACAAUGGUCAUGUGGUUAUGCAUUUUCAACAUUCCUUAAGCCUCCAACAUCUUCAUCUAAGCUGCCCCCAUCGCCUUUUGUUACUCCAUCUUCAUCAUCCCUUCAACCCCCAACAUCUUCAUCCGCAUCAUCUCCGUUUUCUCCUCAACUAUCUACUCACUCCUCUAAGCCACUUCAGGCUUCAUUAUUUAGGGCACGUCCUUCUUUAUCUAAGCCACAUCCAUUAUCCCCAAAACCUCCAACAUCUUCUUCAAGACCAUCUCCAUCUUCCCCUAAUAGAACUCCAUUUUCCUCUGGACCACCCUUAUCUUCAGCGAAGCUCCCUCCAGUCUUUAAGACAUUUCUAUCCCCCGCCUCCUCAAAUGAAAUAAAUGAAAAGGGGAAGAAAAAUUAUGUAUGGGUUGAAAAGGGUUCAUUACCUAUAUUCACGAUUCCUGGCGAUAUCAAAGAUUUGAUCAAGAAUGACUUUGUGCCUAAAGUUCUUAACCAGCCUGUGUCUCCCACGACAUAUAAGGAUUACUUUGCUGUUCUGUUAUAUGCUGAAGAGUUCUACUUUGAGAAAUGGCCUCAUUUCGAUUUGGAGACUGUGACAUUGGCGUUGCAUGAAGCAGCAAUUCACAAAAACCCAGAUAAGGAAGAGAAAACCUUUGUAGCUUUUGAGAUGGAUUCUUUUCCUGAGAAUCGCCCAUUCCUUUAUCGAGGGACUUAGUCUAUGGAUGACCAUCGGGUAAAAAUGUUGUGCAGUUUCAGUGCUUUAUAUAUUGCGUUGUCAGGAGCAGUCUUGUACUAGUUGAAUUUGAAGAUGAAUUUUAUGUUCAUCAUGAUUCGACUCGAAAAUACGAUGUCAGCUUCUCGUUCAAUAGAGUCUGUUUGAAACGAGCUCACCAAGCGGUUCAAUAUGCAUCAGAUGCUUUGUUUCAGAACUUCCUCUUUCCCGAUUGUGUUUCCCAUACAAGCAUUCCAACUGCACAUGCACUGCUCUCUGCCUGUCAUAAACUUGAUGC